GUCCAUGUGUUUUGAAGGCCAUGCUUGACAAUGUUAUUUUUGCUUUUCCUAGCUAGCGUCCUACAGCAGUAUCCAUGUGCAGUAACUAGCUGGUAACUUUAGCUAGCUAAUUGACAACAGGUAGGAGAGCGUAAAGGGCUUGUUUGAGGAACUAAUGUUAACUAACUAGCCAGAUAACUAGCAACUAUUACUAUCUUUAAUUGCGCCAUCCUCAAAGGUUUACCCAGCAUUAUCCUGCUGCGAAAGGUGUCAGUCCUGAGUGCGUGUAGGGCAGUAAGAUGUCGAUGGUCCUGUUUGCCUUGGUGAUGAGGAGUACGGAUGGUCUACCCCUGUCUGCCACCACAGACUAUGAGCAGGACGAAGGCCUACAGGAAACCAAGAAGCAGAUCAAAACUCUGUCUGAGAAACUCUCCACUUUCCCAAGCCGCUGCUCUCUGAAGACAGGAAAGUUCAAUAUCCAUUUCACCAGUUCUCUGGGACUGGGAUAUCUGGUGGUGUGUACGGAGAACUGCCCCAACGCCCUGGCCUUCUGUUUCCUGGAAGAGAUGCAGAGCCAGUUUCUCCACAGGUGCGAUGGCUUUCUCAUCCGCAACGCUGUGAGGCCUUACUCCUCCAGCGAGUUUGACGACUUCCUCCAGGAUACGAAGCAGCGCUACAAUAGCCCCUGCUCCCUGACCUCUAAGAUCAGCCUGGCUGACAUGCAGUCAGAGCUCAAGAUGAUACCGACAUACCAGCUGUCCCCUGAGGACCUACGGUCAUGCUUCUCGCGCCGCAACGUCUUCCGUUACAAGAGCAUAACUCCCAGCCAGCUGCUUGAGCCGGUGUCUCUACGUGGCAUCAUGUCCUGUGUGCUAAGCAUCUUCUGUGGAGGCCUCAAUCUACUCCAAGGGUUUCAUGCCAUAGAGGGCUUUAUGCAGAGUUACAACGACAAAGACUUUAAUGACAUGAUUGCCUUUUUCCUGGGCACAGCAGGCUGUUUGUAUCAGUUUUACCUGUUUGGUUACUUCUCUGUGAGGAGGAACAGUAAGUCAUUCCUGGCCUUCGCCCUGAUCUGUCUGUCCAACAUCUGCCUGUUUGAACUGAGGAACGUGUGGCAGAUCCUCUUCCACGUGACUGUAGCGGCCUUCAUGACACUACAGAUCAGACUGAGGCAGCUGCAGUGCAAAGCUCCGGACUACAACGUCUGACAAACCACAACCACAAGACUUACAACAAGAAGGGAAAAAGACUAAAACAAACCAACUUUGUCUGACAAAUACCCAGAAAGAUACUUACCACCAACAGCAAAACCAGAAACCACAAUGUCUAAGGAAAAGAGGCAUCACUGCCUUUAUCUUCCUCACGUUGCUUCUCCACCACAGCUCAGGAUUGAUGGAUGCUGAGCUCACUCUAGUGUGACCUCAGUGAUGCGGACCAAUAGGAUUAAUGGGUGGUGCCACUACAGCUAAAUGAUUAGUUAAUUGGCUAAUACUCGUGAAUGUCUUUGGAAUGAACAGGAGUCUGAACAGGGGUUUCUGUCUUAACUAUUAUUACAUGUUAGCAAAUUGGACUACUGGAGACCAGGGUUUCUGAAUGUGGUCCUCUUUUUGCCAUGUGUACUGCAUGUCCAGUGAGGUUAGGUCAGUACUCAACUGUCAUUCUCUGAAUCCCUGGCAUCCCAUAUGUGUCUCACAUGUUUAGACCAUUUUUGUAAUUAGGCAAUUGUUUUUGUUGACAUGGCUAGUAAAUAUUUGUGUUGAUUAUGAAUUUACCUUUGAAUAAAUGAUGUGCAUGAU